AUGGAACAGGAGGAGGAAACCAUCAGAGAUCACAGACACGCUGAGAAAGGAGAAUCUGGAGGAGAUAGAAAAUACACAAGGCUGAAAAAAGGGAGCAAAGUCCUUUUCUUUGUGUUUCAGGCUGCUGAGUACAAUGUGUUUGAGGGCAUGGAGCUGCGCGGUGCGCCGCUGGUGGUGAUAUGCCAAGGAAAGAUUGUUCUGGAAGACGGAAACCUUCAUGUCACCUCUGGAGUGGGACGUUUUAUUCCCUGCCCCCCCUUCCCAGACUUUGCCUACAAGCGCAUCAAAGCCAGGAAGCAGCUGGCUGUGCUGAGGGCAGUGCCCAGAGGAAUGUACGACGGGCCCGUGUCUGAAUUCUCCAUGUCCCGUGGCGGCACCCCCUCCGCCUCGGCACGCACCUCGCCCACCAAGCAGCCGGUCAGAAACCUGCACCAGUCUGGAUUCAGUCUAGCAGGUCCUCCCACCCCAGAGGACGCUCCCAUCAGGCCACCUGGUCGCCGUAUUGUAGUGCCCCCUGGUGGUCGGUCCAACAUCACAUCUCUCAGUUAAACAGCAGGACAACACUUCUAGAAGAACAGAGUGGACGAUAGAGGGAGGGGACGAGGGAGGGGAGGGAAAAAGGGACAGAGGACCAGAGUUAGUCAAAAUUUGAAGAGCAAAACACUGAAUCCUCAUGCCUUACCUGUCACACUGCUACUAUGCUCAGAUGAGAAUUGUAUCCGUUUUCCUGGAAAGAACAGAAACAGAAGUUGCCAACAAAGCACAUUUCACAUGAACAAUGUCAGCCUCAGUUCAUGUCAGUGCAGAAUACUUCAUACCAACCACACAGCCAUGUUCUAAUGUACUUUGGUAAAACCUUACAUCAUCACAUUUAACCUUGAGAAGGAAAUAAAGUUUUUCAAAGGAAAAUGGAUACUGAUUUUCUAGGGAUUCUCCUUUUACCCUGCUUGGCUUUUAAUAUCACCCCUUUCAGUAGCGAGCUUUCUCCAUAGUCAGCAAGACUGAACAAUAGAUCCCACAAUAGCCAUGUUUUGUCAUGCAGUACCAUUGAUUAGCUCUAGUUGGCAAUGUACAUAUGGUAGAUGUAAUGUAGCUUUGUGAAUGAUGUGGUUGCAGCCUGUUUGGGUUUACCGGACCAAUUAAAUUCUUUUAUCACCUCUAAACACAGGAGGGCUGCUGGACAUGGAGCUGCAUGGGCCACAUUAAUAUGGGUGACGUGAUCCAUGAUCCUUUCCCACCUCCUCCUGUAAGGCCAUACUUACCGUCCUCAUUAUGUACUGUAUUGAUGUUAAAAAAGACAAUAAGAUCAGUGUUUGAGAAAACACAAAGAAAGAGGAAAUAUUAGAAGUGUUUUUAUUAUUCUUCAUUCCCUAAAGGUUUGUCAGAUUUUAUUAUUUUGCGUUCCUUCAUUUUCUUGCGUAAAGAACAUGGCAAGAAACAGUCCUUUGCAUUUGCUUCAUGUAAACUGGCUGCCUCUGUGACGCUGUGACCAUUUCUACAAAACAGAACGAUGGAACAGAAAGGUGCUAACAAAUAAAUACAAACUCUAAACUUGCUGGGUAAAAAAUAGCUCUCUUAUUACUGCUCUUUACUGAUUUGUUUUAUUUUUAACUAGCGCGGCUCUCAUUUGAAGGACAAGUGGAAGACCAUCAUUCACUUGUGAUCCACCUUAACCCUUUAAUAAAAUCCUCAACACAUUCAGCAGCAGCCUGAAAGUAAACCAGCCUAUUUUCUGAUAAGGCAGAGGAUGACGGUGCCGUCAGGGAAUCCAUUCUCUUUAUUUGGCGACAAUUGAAACAAGAUGCUCUUAUUAUUCUGCACACUAAGGCUGAGAUGAGAUGUGGGUCUUCUUGUAUUUAUGUUAGGAUGACAACCUUUGUUGUUACGUUUCUUUUAAUUUUUUUUUUUUUUUACGAUUGUGUCAGAACUCUGAGAUGGCAGGUCAUUUAAAGGUGUGCUGGUAUGAAAUGUUUCCUGAAUAAACAUGAGUUGCAGCUGGUGUUA